AACUCCCAAAGCUCAUAUCAAACGAUUUCUUAUCAGGUGUUAUAACUCGAGGAAAAAUAACGUAAACUCAUUAAAGUCACAGAAAAAUUUUACAUCCAUCAUUGAUGCACAAAUCUAUCGUUAUAUAAAAGAGAUUGAGAUUAUUAUGAAAACAAAUUAUGAAGUAAUUCAUUGGUUAUUUAUAAGUAAAAUAGUUGAUUAUAAGUAAAAAGUGUGAUGACGUUUACAAGAGUUUCAAAAUUUAUUUUCUAAUUGAACGCGUUACUUAAUUUAUUCGUUGCAGUCAUAAACUAGUGGUCAUAACUGUCAUAAAGUUGCAUUCCGUAGCAGACAGAUUCGCAACCUUCGCUUGAAUCCGUUUUCCAACCCUAAAAUUGCGCGGGAAUUCGGAGUUGACUAUUAUGAUAUUGCUCCGUCCUUACGGCAGUGGUAGUAGCAGUUCUUUGUGAUUUGUUCCUUUCCUUCAGUUUUUACUGUCAUCGAAAAACUCACGCUUUUCACAAUUUCUCGCCAAAAUGAGCAAAAGGCCGCCGUACUCUGCUUCAUCUGCAAGCAAAAAGACAAAAGUUGCAGCCGACGAUGAUGAACCAUCAACAUUUGUGUCUGAGCUUGCAAGUAUGGAUGACUUUGAUGAUGAUGUCAAUACCGAAGGAACUCAAGUUCUUGGCGAAGGACCAGAACAAGAAAAUACAUCUUCCAAGUGGAGUAGACCUGCACCACCUGCAUUAGAUCCAUUAAAAGAUGGAUUGUGCUUUCAGCAAAUUGAUAUAGACCACUUCACAGAUAAACCACAGCCAGGUAUGCCUGGAAGUAGAAUAGGACCAGUACCUGUUAUGAGAAUGUAUGGUGUCACAGAAUUAGGAAAUUCAGUUUGCUGUUAUGUCCAUGGAUUCAGUCCAUACUUUUUUGUUUCUUGCCACCCUUCAUUCACAAAUGCUCAUUGCAAACCUUUUAAAGAAGCUUUAAACAACGCUAUCAAAAAUGAUAUAAAAAAUAAUUAUGAAAAUAUUCAAGACUUUGUCUUAGCUGUUGAAAUAGUUGAAAAACAAACAGUUUAUGGAUAUACUGGAGAGAAAAAAUCGUUAUUUUUGAAAAUUACUGUUGCAUUGCCAAAAUUGAUUGCACCUUGCAAAAGAUUGUUAGAAACUCAAAUUGUCUAUCGAGAAUUAGAUCAUAAAUAUGUUGCUUAUGAAAGCAACAUAGAUUUUGAUAUCAGGUUUAUGGCAGAUACCCAUAUGCUUGGGUGUUCUUGGAUUGAAUUAGUUCCAGGAAAAUGGAAGUUGAGAGGAAAAAAUGGGCACAAUUUACCUACUGUUACAAGAUGUCAAAUGGAAGUUGAUGUAGCUUGGGAUCAGUUGAUUGCUCAUGCACCUGAAGGAGAAUGGUCCAAAGUAGCACCUUUCAGAAUUCUCAGUUUUGAUAUUGAAUGUGCUGGCCGUAAAGGAAUUUUUCCUGAACCUGAGCAUGAUCCUGUUAUUCAAAUAGCUAACAUGGUUAUAUUACAAGGUGAAACAGAACCAUUUGUAAGAAAUAUUUUUACAUUAAACACUUGUGCUCCAAUCGUUGGAUGUCAAGUCUUAAGCUUUGAUACAGAAGAAAAAUUAUUAGAGAAAUGGGCUGACUUCAUUAGGCAAUUGGAUCCUGAUAUUUUUACUGGAUAUAACAUCAAUAAUUUUGAUUUUCCAUAUCUCAUCAAUAGAGCUCAGCAUCUUAACGUGAGAGAUUUUAGUUACUUGGGUAGAAUAAAAAAUAUUAAAUCAGUGAUCAAAAAUACGGUACUGCAAAGCAAACAAAUGGGUAGAAGAGAAAAUAAAUCUGUCAAUUUUGAAGGGCGUGUACCAUUUGACUUGUUAUUAGUAUUAGUAAGAGAUUAUAAAUUACGAUCUUACACUCUAAACGCUGUUUCUUAUCAUUUUUUGGGAGAACAAAAAGAAGACGUUCAUCACAGUAUUAUCACAGAUUUACAAAAUGGUAAUGCACAAACUAGAAGACGUUUAGCAGUGUACUGUUUAAAAGAUGCUUAUUUACCACUAAGACUGUUAGAUAAACUUAUGUGCAUUAUCAUCUACAUGGAAAUGGCAAGAGUGACAGGUGUUUCACUCACUAGUUUAUUAACCAGAGGUCAACAGAUCAAAGUUGUUUCACAAUUACUAAGAAAGACUAUUGAAAGAGGAUACUUGAUACCAGUACAUCAUGGUCAAGGUUCAGAUGAACAAUUCGAAGGAGCAACAGUUAUUGAACCACUUCGUGGUUACUACAAUGACCCAAUUGCCACAUUGGAUUUUAGUUCUCUAUAUCCUAGUAUAAUCAUGGCUCAUAACAUUUGCUAUACAACUCUUUUAAGUCCAGCAGCGCAAAAUGCAUAUAAACUAGAUCCUGAUGACGUUAGUAAAACACCAGCUAAUUCCUGUUUUGUAAAAGCAAAUGUAAGGAAAGGAAUUUUACCCGAAAUUUUGGAACAUUUGUUAUCAGCUAGGAAAGCUGCUAAAGCUGAACUAAAAAAGGAAACGGAUCCACUGAAACAAAAAGUUCUUGACGGUCGACAAUAUGCUUUGAAAGUGUCAGCCAACUCUGUUUAUGGUUUUACUGGUGCUCAGCAAGGAAAACUACCAUGUUUAGAAAUAUCAGGGAGUGUAACAGCUUAUGGCCGUACCAUGAUUGAAAAAACAAAACAAGAAGUCGAAGCUCAUUAUAAGAAAGAAAAUGGUUAUGAACACGAUGCUAUUGUCAUUUACGGUGAUACCGAUUCCGUUAUGGUGAAGUUCGGUGUAAAAACCAUAGAAGAUGCAAUGAAACUGGGAAAAGAAGCUGCAGAUUAUGUCACAUCGAAAUUCAUUAAACCAAUUAAAUUGGAAUUUGAAAAAGUUUAUUUUCCGUACUUGCUUAUCAAUAAAAAGCGAUAUGCUGGCCUAUAUUUUACAAGACCUGAUAAGUAUGAUAAAAUGGACUGUAAAGGAUUAGAAACAGUAAGAAGAGACAAUUGCCCAUUAGUGGCAAAUAUGAUGAAUACUUGCUUACAAAAACUACUCAUUGACAGAAAUCCAGACGAUGCUAUUGAUUAUGCAAAACAAGUCAUUAGCGAUCUUCUUUGCAAUCGAAUUGAUAUUUCGCAAUUAGUUGUUACAAAAGAACUAACUAAAACCGAGUAUGCCGCUAAACAAGCUCAUGUCGAACUUGCUGCUAAAAUGAAGAAACGCGAUGCGGGUACUGCACCCAAACUCGGCGAUCGAAUUCCUUAUGUCUUUAUCAGCGGUUCAAAAGGUAUGCCGGCGUACCAAAAAGCUGAAGAUCCCAUCUACGUUUUAGAAAAUAACAUACCCAUCGAUACAAAUUAUUACUUGGAAAAUCAGUUGUCCAAGCCAUUGGUUCGUAUUUUCGAGCCUAUUCUCGGUGACAAAGCCGAAUCGUUAUUACUUAAAGGCGAACAUACGAGGACAAAAUCAGUGGCUACCUCUAAAGUUGGCGCUCUGUUUGCCUUUACCAAAAAGAAGGAAACUUGUAUUGGAUGCAAGGCUGUAUUGACAAGUGACAGAGCUGAUAAAGCUCUAUGCAGUUAUUGCGAGGAAAGAGAGGCGGAAAUUAUUCAAAGUGAAAUUUAUAACGGGAGAAAGCUCGAAGAAAAAUUCUGUAGAUUGUGGUCAGAGUGCCAAAGAUGUCAAGGAAGUCUUCACCAAGAAGUUAUUUGUUCAAGUCGCGAUUGUCCAAUCUUUUACAUGAGGAAGAAGGUUCAAAUUGAUCUUGAUGCACAAGUUAAGAGAAUUGAUAAGUUUGGAAUUCCAGAAUGGUAAAAAAAAAACAUCAUUGGUAAUGAUAUCAUCUGAGCUCUGUUUGAGCUGAUAAUUUUCGUGUAUCAUUUGAUGAUUUGUACAUAUUUAAUUAAAUUGUUAUUGUGUAUUUCUGUUUUAACAAUAAACUACUUUUUUCGUAAA